GGCGCCUCUGAACUGGGUAUCUCAGUUGGUCCGAUAAUAUCACAGCCAAAUUUGAGAGAACACGUCCUGAGGACAACUCCUAUGAACCUGCUUGCUGUCUUUAUUGCAUGAAAAUGGUAAAGGCUCCUGCUGCAGUGUCUAUGGAUUAAAAGCAGCCUAGUGAAUAUUGGUGACGACUUCUCCUCUGUGUAGCAAGAUGGGGAACGGAUUUUCAGAUCAUCACUUCCUCUUCCCCUGCCUGCCGUCCUUCCAGGCUUUCCACAUUGUCAUUCUAGGACUGGACUGUGCAGGCAAAACCACUGUACUGUACCGCCUGCGUUUCAAUGAGUUUGUGAACACUGUACCAACUAAAGGUUUUAACACAGAGAAGAUCAAAGUGUUAAUCGGAGGAAGUCGACAGACAGUGUCUUUCCAUUUCUGGGAUGUAGGUGGUCAGGAGAAGCUGCGUCCUCUGUGGCGCACUUACACACGCUGUGCUGAUGGCAUCUUGUUUGUGGUGGACUCAGUGGAUGUUGAGCGCAUCGAGGAGGCCAAGACAGAACUGCACAAGAUCACACGGCUGGCAGAGAACCAGGGAGUGCCAGUCCUGGUGGUGGCUAACAAACAGGACCUGAGGAACUCACUCAGCCUGGCUGAGAUGGAGAGCAUGUUGGCUCUAGGUGAGCUCAACAUUGCCACACCCUGGCACCUUCAGCCUGCUUGUGCUAUCAUUGGUGAGGGGCUGCAUGAAGGUCUGGAGAAGCUACAUGCCAUGAUCAUGAAGAAGAGAAAGAUGCUGCGGCAACAGAGGAAGAAGAGAUGAUGUGCUCACAGCAGGAACUAUAAAAUGUGAGGUGGAUCUACAUAAGAACUUCUAUGAGUUGCAUACAGUCUGCUGUUCUAUUGUGACAAGUAAUUUGGCUGCCAUUUCAAGUCUGAUUGGCAGAGUUUAAUUGUUCCAGUGGAACUAUUUGUUCAGGUCAGCCAGUGUAUGGCUCCGACCGAGAUGUGAGAUUGAUUUUUUCCUGUGGACUUGGGAUGCCAACAGUCUGUUUAGCAAGGAGUCAUUUGUCAAGGGAGUCCAGUAUCAGGCUACAUACAUACAUGCAGCAGCAAGCUAUGAAGUUUACAUUGAGCUCUUACGAGGAGACAAUGAGCUCUGUCCUGCCUGUUUUGUGUUAUUUGCUCAAAUAUCUGCUGCUUAUCUGUUAAAAACAAUCAGUCUUUAUAAUUUUAUUUUACCAAAGCUUGUGUAAGCAAAUUAAUCAAUACUGCAUAUGUUAGUACAGGAUCAAGUAUUUUGUAUUCAUGUUGCACAGCAGGGAUUAGUCAAGAAGUUCACGUUAAGACUAAUGAUUUACUAAGAACGGGUUGCACAAUGAUCCCAAUACAUGCAGACAUGUAAAAUGGCUGUUCAUGAUGUAAACAUUUAUUUAUCACGAGCCAACAUAUUGUCAGCCCAGCCACAGUGAUAGCAAAAUGUGUCAGUGCGUUUAAAACAUUAGAUUUUGGUGUCAAUUACUCUGAAUGAAAAAGGGAGAGGGCUUCUUUCUAGAACCAUCACUUUAUACCAACAGGAAGUCAAGAGCAGAAUGGGGGAGAUGUCAAGUUUCUCCACUGAAAGUAGCCUUGAAAGAGCAGAAUGCAGGGGAUAGCAGACUGUUCCUCUAUGCCAGAUUGGGAUCUUUGUUACAGUAAUUAAUGCAGGUCAUACAACAGUUAAUAAUAGAAAGUUUAGUAAUAUAGUAACAGUAAAAUGAGGUACAAUACAAUCAUCUUAAAUUUGUUAUUUAUUAGAUUAUAUUAUUAAGGGCUGUUAUUGGGACUAGACCUAUAAAUUUUCCUGGCUGGUUGUACAACAUAUAUUGGCCAAGCUAAUUGCAGAUAUUGUGGUGUCAUAUGUCAGCUCUUAAGUAAUGAGCAAUGACAGUACAGAAAUGCCAAAUAUAUGGUUGAGGUAAUUUGGAGAAAAAGUUUUGUUAAAAAGUGACUAUCUGAUAUUCAGUUCAAUUCAGUUUUAUUAAUCAAGCCCAAUAUCACAAAUCACAAUUUCCAUCAAAGGCCUUUAGAGCACACGCCAUCCCUCUGUCCUUAGACCGUCACAGCAGAUAAGGAAUGAGCGAAUAUAUUGAUCAAGUCACCUAAUCUAUGUCGCUUUGUUACCUGAGAGUUAACUACCAUUUGUUUAAGGUAUGUUAGCUUGCUAGCAGGGCUUGGUAUAUUUUAAAAUGUGUCUCUACUAGUGGUACUGAGAGUUUUAGCAUCAUAAUCAAAAUUAUACUUUUUUUUAGGGAUGAACUGAUUCAUCGGCUACAGAUUGGUAUUGGACAAAAUUUGCUUUGUUGGCUGCCAUCGGCCUAUCAGCAAGUAAGAUGAUAUUCACCGAUGGCAGUGGCCGAAGUUUUUAUGUUGUGUCACAUCAAUUUUGCGCAUGCUAAAAAGCAGGACUCCAGACUUAUGUCGGGGACAAUAGAAAACGUGUUUGGGAUGGACAGAGAACUUCUCUGGGAUGCCGUCAGGACGAAAAGACAAAAUAAACUGACUAUUGAAACCUCAGGGGAUGCACCCUGUUGUUUCCGUGGUAAUGCUACAUUGUGAAAACAAAUCAGUGUUGACAUCAACAGGAAGAGGGCUAGUUAACGUUAGCUGUUACCUGGUAGCAAUUGGUGACCAGAACUAACUGCGGGCGGUGGUUGCAUCAGGGGCCAUACAUAUACAGCAUUUUGUGCGCCCCCAAAUUCAUUGUUUAUUAAAUGUAGACACGUAGCAGGCAUGCUUAAACGCCAGAGCGAUGACGUCAUGGUGCGCACGCAUUGCCGAGUUCGUGAUGAGGAACAACUAAUCACAGCGGGCAGAUAUCUUUUCCUUCAUUGGUAAAUAUCAGUCUGUGGUAAAUAUGGAGAAGAAGGUGAUCAUUUUUGUGUAGGGCUGCCAGAGCUUUACAUUUGACCUACACACAGACAACACCUGGAAGAAGAUCAGCUCUGCACCUAGGAUUUGAGGUAAAUAGACUAUGAUAUGGGGCUUGUUGAGGUUGCUUAGCAACCUCAGAAGCAACCUGCCACCAUUCUCCGGAAAGGCACAAUAGUGGCACCUAGUGCCUGACAUCACGUCUUGCAGGUGGUUAAAGAUGCAGCAUGUGUACGGCCUCUUAAAUUACAUUAUGAUGCGUUCAAUCACUAGUCAGUAAAAAUGAUUAUUGUCUGCAGGUAAAUUGUAAAGUUUUCAUGAUGUGUUAAAUGUAAUCUUGUAAAAUGUAGUUUUUGGUUAGAAACUUGAAUAAA